CAAGUCUUAUCUGCAGCUGCCCUGCGUGCCUGUGUCUAUCACCUACGACUACAGCCUCGCAUAUCCGCCAAUCUCGAUUAUCACUCGACGCAGGUUUUCUGGAUGGGGGCCACUCCUCAAGGAGCAUGAACAACGUGCCCCUUCCCAUGAAGUAGCAUAAGGGCAUAUCUGCGGCUACUAUCGCUGUCUGCAGCUGGAACAUGGACCAAUGAUAUCGACAAUUCAAGCGUAUAAAAUGAGGUUACAAUGCGUCACAUGCAUGUAUGCACCAAUCAUGCGUGACAAUUGCAAGCUGAGUGCUGCUGUAAUGACCAUGAUAUUCCCUCCUGAAGAGGAGAGCACACCCUGCAAAAAUUUGUUCUUUACUUGCUGGCUUGCAACAUCUGCACCUACACAUCCAUUCGCGCUACAGUAUGUUGCGCUUCAACUCAGGCGGGCGCUUCAAACCAGGCCUGUUGCUGGCCUUUGUAUUGCUCUUCUCCUUACUCUCAUCAUUGACGCUCAAUUCUGGUCUGGUCGCCGCAGGAAGGACGAAGGGCAGUAAAAAUAAGGCGAAAGUAGCGACAGGCGAAGAUCCUUGGUUAAGUGGUAGCAAGGAUACCAAACAGGACAAGGCGGUUGCCCCCAAGAAGGGACCCUCAAAAUGCUACAGUAUGAAAAUGUCAAUCAUGAACACGAUGAAAGAGCAGGUUUCUGAUCUACAAGACUGCCGCAAGAUAUGCCAAGACUACAUCAACGAUUGGCGCACUGAUCUUGGGCGCCUCAUGUCGGGGCGCAUGCAUUGCUUGCAAGAACUUCCAUGUGUCAAUGGCUGGAGCGUUUCUACCGACUUUGAGUCUAGCCACGUGAGGUUUGGCCUCAGCAAUAUGGCCUGCCAGUUGCCUGAAUGCAGACUGCCUUGCACAUGUCUUGUACAAUCGGUGUUUUAUCGAAUAAGGCAACCAUCAAAAUUUGGAACGUACGCGACAAUCCCGAGAGAGGUCAUGUUCGGUGACCCCCUCACACAUUAUUUGGCUCUUGAACACGUUGCAAACGAAGGAGGUAACCUCGCCUGUAUCCCAAAGUUUUUGUUCCCGAAACUUUUCGGAGCUGAAGGCUUUGACUCCAUCGUUAACACCAGGCCAACAUGGCAUCGACAAGCACUACCCGAAUUCUCGGUAGAGCUGGACCUCGAUUGCAACCCAACUCAUGCGGUGAGCACUUGUGAGUGCAUAGGGACGCGAGAGGUGGGUGAAAAUUGCCAAGCCAGUGGGGACAGGCAGGGCGCACAUGAUGCCGGUCAGUCCAGUCAUGAGCCUGGACGCGACGCAGGCCGAAAUUUCCCGUUUGAUUUGAAUGAGCUGGCACCCGAAAAUGAUCAAAGCUAUCAGCGUAUGGCAGAUCACUUCGAUGAAAUCCGGGAAUCUGAAGCAUACAACCAGCAAUUUCGUACGGAGAUCCGCACCGCUUUUGAUGCUGAGAUCAACCUGAACGCUCAGCCGGGUGAUCCUUACGCGUAUCCCAGCAACUAUUUCCAGCCCAUGCAACAGCUGCAGUAUUCACCUCGUCCUGGCCAUCCCGCCCAUUUUGACAAUGUAGCCCAUUUCGACUCGCAUAUGCAUAUGGGUGGCUACGAAAACGACCCUCAGACCAAUUAUGGGGAGUACUGGCGUCAGGACCAGUACACAGGUGGCAACGAUGACUCAUCUCGGCCUGCAGAUGGGCAACAAGGUCUUGACCUAAAUCAAAUUCCCCCUUGCUACGACACACCCGAUGGCAAUCGAAACUGUGGGUACAUGUAGCUUAGACUUCGUCGCCAAGUCACAAGCUCUUUUAUCCAAUACCGACUAGCUGUGUCAGUCUCUAGUCCAUUCAUACGCAUUUCAUACUCCAAUUUAAGUUU